CCAGCCAGCCAGCCAGCCAGCCAGCCAGCCAGCCAGCCAGCCAGCAGCCCAGGGCCCGCCAGCAGCCAGCCGCCAGCCGCCAGGCCAGCCCCAGCCAGCCAGCCAAACCGCCAGGCCGCCAGCCAGAGGCCGCCGCCAGGGCCCGCCAGCCUGCGCCUGCCCCGCCUGGCCUGCCUGCCUGCCGCCUGCAGCCG